UACUUAGUGUUGAGUUGAUAGAAAGGUGGUCACAGCUAUGCUGUCCACCCUGAGGAAGCUCUUCUGCUUUAAGAAGGAGCCGAAAACCCCCUUGGGGUUUUGUGAUGGCCCAAGCAGGGCAAAGGGAUACUUGUCCUGCUUUCACUGUGGAACUAAAGACAGGUACCGCCAGCCUUAUGACCCUGAAAACCAAUUUCAUGAGGCAGUAUGCAUGGGAAAGCUCAAAGUGGUGGUGCGACUCCUCAGGAAGAACCAAUUUCAUGUGAAUGAUGAGGAUGAAGGGAAACGAACUGCGCUCCACUUUGCAUGCUUCUAUGGCCAUAUCAAUCUGGUUUGUUUACUGUUAUUUAAGGACUGUGAGAUUAAUGCCCUUGACAAUCAAAUGUCCACACCACUAAUGAAGGCUGUACAAAGCUGGGAGACAGAGAUCGUGUCUGUCCUACUUGAUCAUGGAGCAGAUCCCAAUAUUAAAGAUUGCAAUGGAGAAGCAGCAAUCCACCAUGCAGUGUAUGUAGACAGGCCAGAUAUUGCCAGCAGUCUUCUUGAAUUUGGGGGAAACAUUGAAGAUACUACAAAGGAUGGGUUGACCCCUCUGCUGCUAGCACUCCGAGAAAGGAAACACCGCAUGGCAGCAUACCUAAUCACACACGGUGCGAAUCUUCACGUAUGUGAUAAAUAUCAAAGGAAAUCAGCCUGAAGAUGUCUUUUUAUCGGGGUAAGAUUUUAAGGUCUUUGAAUAUGAAUGUUAACUUAUAAUUAGAACCAGGGAAAAGAACUAAUGUUUAUUGAAUAUUGUGUUCUUCACUGAUUCCAUCUGAUUUAUUUAGUGUCCAUGAUGCAUUAAUAUAAUCAUAUGUUUUAAAGCUUUCAUAUCCU